UCGCGAAGAGCUUCUUAUUGACCAAACGGCUUCGUGAGCCGUCCGAUCGGUAUCCGAUACUCAUCGAACGAAUGCAAGUUAUCAACGAGUCAUCUGGCGGAGAAAAAAUCAUUGACAUGAAAAUGAUGGACAAUGAUGGACAAGAUGAUUGUAUUGAGGCAAUUACUCCUAUUAAGAAAAAAAAAAUGAAACAAGCACAAUUGCCAUUUCAAAUGCAAAAUCAGAUACAGUCAUCGAAUGUUGUUCAAAGUAAGAAAAGGAAAUUAACAUCACCUUCGAUCGAAAAUAAUUCUCCGAAAACAGUGAAAAUUUUUAAGAAAAGUUUGAGUAUAGAUAUUGCAGGUAGUAAAUCAAAUAAUACAGAUAUUGAUACAGAAAAUGAAAAUGAUAUAGAAGAGAUAGAAGUUGAAAAUUUGAAAGAAAAUUCAACAUCUAAUAAAUUAAAAACUGAAAAUAAAUGUGAAACUCCAAAACAGAGUGGACAAAAAACAUUAGAAAAAUUAAAGUCAAGUCCUUUAACAAAGUUCCUUCAAAAGACUGAUAAACAAAAAAAUAAUUCAAAGGAAGAGUCUCAAAUUUCUUUGCAAGAAGGAAAAGAUGACUUAUUUGAAAAGACUUCUGAAAAAAAAUAUAUAAGUAACAUAAGCGUAUCAGAGACAAGAAAUAAUUUAACUAAUAAAAUAGAAGACUCACCCUUUACUGUAAAUAAUUCUCCGAAUCAGACUGAUUCUGAUAUUGCUAUUUUAUCGUCCGAUGAAGAUAAAGAUGAACAAACAAAAUCAAUUACUAAUACAAUAAAAGAUGUAACUAGUAUCUCAAAAAAUAUUAAGACUCCUAAAAUGGAUAAAAUAAAGCAAAAAAAAUUAACACCUAAACAAGAAGAAAAGAAAUUAUUAAUUGCUAAAAGGAAAGAAGAAAGGCAAAAAUCGAAAAUGGAAAAAGAAAAGAAAUUGGAGGAAGAACGAGAAAAUCGAAGAAAAGAAAAAGAAGAGAAACGUAAAGAAAAAGAGGAAAGAGAAAAAGCUGAAAAAGAGCAGAAGAUGAUGGAGAAAAAAAUGAAAGAACAAAAAAAACAAAUGGAAAUCGAACAAAAGCAGAAGGAAAGACAAGCAAAAGAGGAAGAACGUAGAAAGAGAGAAGAAGCUAAGGAAGAGGAAAAAAGAAAAAAAGAAGAAGAAAAGUUAGAAGCAGAACGUAAGAAACAAAAAGCAGCUACAACUUUUGCCAGUUUUUUCGUCGCUAAGAAACAAGAGAAAUGCAUUGAAGAUGAAAAUACAACCGAAAUAAAAAAUUUCAUGCCUUUUGAAAUUAAGGCGGACAUGAAAAUAGCUCCAGUUUGUAGGAGAAUCCUAGAAGAACAGGAGAAAUUAUUAUUAGAUGAAAAAACAAAUAAAGGAAAUACGGAAAUAUCAGAUUUAUAUCUUAAUGAAAUUAAAGAUAAAAAAAUUGUUCCCCGCAAAUCAUUUAAAACUUGGCCACUUGAAGCAAAAGAUGAUAUAAUUUUAUUAGACGAAGAAAACGAAGGUAGUUCGAACAUCGUAAAUCAAGAUAUCGUUGUAGAGAAACAACGACCUAAAUUAUUACAAUUUUCUGAAAAUUUGCGUCCACCUUAUUGGGGUACAUGGAGGAAACGCAGCAAAAAUAUUAAUCCUCGAAGACCGUUUUCAAAAGAUAUGGAAUACUUCAAUUACGAAAUUGAUUCGGACGAGGAAUGGGAGGAAGAGGAACCAGGUGAAUCGUUGCACGGUUCGGACGAUGAAAAAGACGAAGAGAAUCCGGAGGACAACGAAUACGAUGUGGAUAACGAUUUCAUGGUACCUCACGGGUACUUAUCCGAUGAAGAGCUUCGCGCCGACGAAGAAGAUAAGGAAGACAUGUCCCCUGAAACGCAAAAAGUUAGAUUGAAAUUACUUGGAGAGCAAUUCGAGUCGGAAAGGAAUACGAAGACUUCGAAAUUGAAGCCAAAAAUAAUUGGUAUAAUUUGGAGAGGGCCCGACAACAAUUUUCCACCAAACGUACCAGCAAAGAUUGCAGACUUCUUGGCAGCACGUGAGGCUUGGGUCCGUCAAAUACCGUGUUCAGCUCUGCUGUCAACGCCAACCACGUCUGAGAACGAGACAGCUAACGAGCGCACUUCGCCUUCGCCUACGCAGCAACAAGCGCCAUCCAGUUCGAAGAAAACACGAGUUCCGGAAGCGGCUAUUCCGGACCUGAUUCGACUUGUACACGGGAACGUGCAUGGUAGAGGAUUCCUCGUAAAAGAGUUCAUGACCUAUUGGAGCAAGAGGGACGAUUCAAAUGAUAAUUACAUCUCGAAGGCAAGUUUAUUGCAAAAAAUUCGUGACAUUGGAAAAUGGAUGCCGUGCCCAGAGGAGGGGCCGAUGCAUUCGAAGGCUUGUUGGUACGUUCACGAGGAGAUCAGGAAGAAAUACGUUAACGAGGAGCUAUCAUUGCCAAAUCAAUGGUUGUACAGUCUGAUUCCGAAGAAGAAGAGGAACGAUAACUCGCAAGUCGUUGAGAAAGUAGAGAAAGAGGAUAAGGAUAAAGAGAGGAAGAACGUACCUUUGAUUACUCAGUUCACUAAAAAAAUCACCCAGGAGGAGAUGAAGAAACAAUUAACUGUUAAACCUAAUUGUACUAUUACUAGUAGUUCACAAACUAGUUUGCAAAGUAAAUCUACGAGUAAGCCUCCUAAAAGGGCGAGAUUAAUUUCUGUUAAAAGAGGCGAAGAGUUGCCUAAAAUGUCGAGGGAGAAUUUGCUGAAAGAUUUCGUCAAUAUGAAAGGUGACGAUAAAAGUACGACCGAGAACAAUGAUUCGGAUGAUGUGAUUGUAUUGUGCGCCAAGAACAAUGAAAAUAAUGAUUAUCAAAAGGGGAAAGGAGACGUGUCGGAUGAUAAGAAGGAGAGCGAAGAUAGACUUGUUGCUGGUCAUACAGAGUCUGAAGGGAAGAAAAACGAUGAAGAAGAAUCAUCAAAUGAUGAUGACAAUAAAAGUAUUAUAACGUUGAAAUCUGAGAAUUCGGCAGAGAAUGAUGUAUCAAAUGAUAAGAAUGUGAGCAAAACUGUAGAUACUCCUAUGAACAUCGACAGCGAUUAAAGUAAAAUAUUAAUAACUUGUGAAAAAAAAAUUACAACAGAUUCGAAUAUUUUACGUAGAAAAAAACAACUUCAAAAAUGUGAUAAAGACACAACUGUAGUUAUAUAGAUUUAAAAAAGAAAUAAUAAAUUUGACGGAAUAACUUCUGUCGCAAUAUAUUCAUGGAAUAAAUCGUAUUUUUGAUAUUA